AUGGCUGCUGACCUGACAUCUUCAUGGAGUCAUGGAAAACCUGGUGACAACCCUGGAUCAGAGCCUCCACAGUUUGUGUCUUCCCAAGGAACCGAUCUUGGAGAGAAAGACUGUAACCAUGUGAACUUCAGAGCAUUUACGUGCUUGGAUGAGGCUGACCCCAUCAGGGAUCUGAAGAGACUUUGUGAGCUCUGCCGUUUAUGGCUGAGGCCAGAUCUUCACACCAAGGAGCAGCUUCUGGGUAAGCUGGUGUUGGAGCAGUUCAUGAUCUCCAUGCCGCUGGACCUCCAGGUCUUAGUCAAGGAAGGUGGAGUGGAGAAUUGCAAAGACCUGAAGGAGAUGCUGAGAAAUAUCAGGAGACCCAAGACAUGGGGGCAGAAACUUCUGCCAGAGACCAUUUCUCCAAAUGGUGAGCCGGAGAGUCUGAGACCAGGGCAGAACUUGGAGAAUAACCUGAUGGAAGACACGAAAGGGUCAACAGUAUGUGACGCCCAGGAGCCUCAGCUUCUGAAGGGUCCUGCAGAUUCUGUGGGGGCCAAUGAUGGAAAGGACCGUGAAGAAGGCACUUCUAUUAAAAAUGUGGGUGCUGACACACCACCUACCCUUGUUUUGGAGAGAGAAGUUUCUACUCCAGGUGGGAAUAGGGAAGAUUCUCAGAAGAAUCUGAGGUGUUCCAAAAGAAGAAAACCAGACAACUCCUCAAGUUCCCAAGUAGGACCUCAUGAAGGAGCUACACACCUGGACAAAAGAGAAUUCCUGGCACAAAUUGGGUUAUACCCAGUUGAUUUGCUGAGGACCAUGGGACAAGUUGAUCAUGAUUCAACAAGUGCCAUGGGACCAACUGACCAUGCUGUUGGUCAAGAUCAAGAACCCACAGGACAUUCACCCUAUCAGUGUAGAUUUUGCAAGAAAAGAUUUCAUUAUAAAUCUCAGCUUGACAUCCAUCAGAGGACACACACAGGAGAGAGGCCCUUUAAAUGCAGCUCCUGUGGGAAAGGCUUCCUGCAGCCCUCAGAUGUCCGUGUCCACCAGCGAAUCCACACAGGGGAGAAGCCAUUUAAAUGUGAGCUGUGCCACAAAGAGUUUACCCAUGAAUCCAGCCUGUAUGGCCACAAAAGGAUCCACACCAACGAGAGACCAUUCCUCUGCACAGAGUGUGGGAAGCACUUCAACCACAAGGGGAACCUCAGUAUUCACAGACGAAUCCACACAGGGGAGAAACUGUUCAAAUGUGAGCUUUGCCACAGAGAGUUCACCCAAGAGUCCACCUUGUAUGGCCACAAAUGGGUCCACACAAAUGAGAGACCAUUCCACUGCACAGAGUGUGGGAAGCGCUUCAAGCACAAGGGGAACCUGAAUGUUCACCAAAGAAUCCAUGCUGGAACGAAACCUUACACCUGUCCCCAGUGUGGGCACAGCUUCCGUCAGCUGGGAACUUUCAAAUGCCACAAAAAAAUGCAUUUACAAGUGACAUACCAAUAA